CUCCUGAGAAAUAAAAUAAAAAAUAAAAAAUAAAAAAUAAAUCCUCCAAAAACCUCUCAAUUUGAAAUCAGCAUCAGCGAUAUGGAAAGUCAUUUUUAGUUCAAAAAUAGAUCAGAGAUCGAUGAACUCGAAAGAGACUUGCCGGAGCGAGCUUCGCAUUGCCCUUCGCCAACUAAGCGAUCGCUGCCUUUACUCUGCUUCCAAAUGGGCAGGGGAGCAGCUGGUAGGAAUCGAGCAAGACCCUGCAAAGUUCACUCCUACAAACACCAGAUUCCAGCGUGGAAGUUCUAGCAUUCGUCGAAGAUUCCGAACCAAUGACAUUACCUCUACGCCUGUUACUGGCAUGUCUUAUGUAUCUACUCCUGUAUUGGAGGAAGAUGAGGUCAUAGAUGGUGACUUCUACCUUCUGGCUAAGUCCUACUUUGACUGUCGAGAGUAUAAAAGGGCUGCUCAUGUGCUUCGCGAUCAAAAUGCAAAGAAAUCAGUUUUCUUGCGCUGUUAUGCUCUUUAUCUGGCUGGAGAAAAGAGGAAAGAAGAAGAGAUGAUAGAACUUGAGGGGCCCCUUGGUAAGAGUGAUGCUGUUAACCGUGAGCUGGUUUCUCUGGAGAGGGAGUUGUCAACUCUUCGCAAGAAUGGCACAAUUGAUCCCUUUGGGUUAUACUUAUAUGGUCUUGUGCUUAAAAACAGAGGCAAUCAAAAUCUUGCUCGGACAGUCCUUGUGGAGUCUGUGAAUAGCUACCCUUGGAACUGGAAUGCCUGGACAGAGCUGCAGUCUUUAUGUACCACAAUUGAGAUGCUGAACAGCCUUAACCUAAGCAACCAUUGGAUGAAGGACUUCUUUCUUGCCAGUGCUUACCAAGAGCUCCGGAUGCACAAUGAAUCCCUUGCCAAAUAUGAAUAUCUUCAAGGUACAUUCAGUUUUAGUAAUUACAUACAGGCUCAGAUUGCCAAAGCUCAAUAUUGUUUGAGGGAAUUUGAUCAAGUCGAGGUAAUAUUUGAAGAACUUUUGAGAAAUGACCCCUAUCGAGUGGAAGACAUGGAUAUGUAUUCCAAUGUCCUCUAUGCAAAGGAGUGUUUCUCUGCUCUUAGUUACCUUGCCCACAGGGUAUUUAUGACUGAUAAAUACAGGCCUGAAUCUUGCUGCAUCAUUGGAAAUUAUUACAGUUUAAAGGGCCAGCAUGAGAAGUCUGUUAUGUAUUUUAGGAGGGCACUCAAGCUGGACAAAAAAUAUUUGUCUGCUUGGACACUUAUGGGUCAUGAGUAUGUUGAAAUGAAAAACACUCCUGCUGCUGUUGAUGCUUAUCGACGGGCUGUGGAUAUCAAUCCUUGUGAUUAUCGAGCUUGGUAUGGGUUAGGACAAGCUUAUGAGAUGAUGGGGAUGCCCUUCUAUGCACUACACUAUUUUAAGAAGUCGGUGUUCUUGCAGCCAAGUGAUUCUCGAUUGUGGAUUGCCAUGGCCCAGUGCUAUGAAACUGAUCAGCUUCACUUGCUUGAGGAUGCAAUCAAGUGUUACAGAAGGGCUGCAAAUUGUAAUGACAAGGAAGCGAUAGCCCUGCAUCAGUUAGCAAAACUGCACUUUGAGCUUGGGCGUCCAGAAGAGGCAGCAUUUUACUACAAAAAGGACUUGGAGAGGAUGGAAGAUGAAGAGAGGGAAGGACCAAACAUGGUUGAAGCCUUGCUCUUUCUUGCCCAACACUGCAGAACUCAUAAGAGAUUAGAAGAAGCAGAGGUGUAUUGCACCCGUCUUCUGGAUUACACUGGCCCAGAGAAGGAAAUGGCAAAGAAUAUGCUUCGUGGAAUGAGAUCAGAAUCUAGUUUUCCUUCAAUGGAUGUCGAGAAUUUUCCUCCCUGAUUCUGUACUUCUCGACAGAGUUAUUGAAAGACUCCCCAAUGUAGCACGUCAUCUGUUCCUCAGUUUGCUGCUUAUUGGGGUCAACGUAUAUGGAAUUGUUGGGAUAUAUCAAAUUAUCUCAACUUGGAUAACCUUGGAGGUUACUGUCAGACCAUUGAUGCAUUUUCCUCCUUUCACAUCGAGAAUAGGAGAUUUCAGUCUGAAUAUGGCACCGUGAGAUGUUUGUAGUAUUAGUCUUUUGAGGUCCCUUUCGACACUCAACGCUGUACUGUAUUUUUUGGCCAUGUUGAUGCUUUACUGUAAACAAACGUUGCAUGAAAUUUUCCAGGUUACUGAAAAUUUUCAGUCU